AGAGGCAACCGCAUGCAGCACGUCGGCUGACGUCGACUGCCUUGGCUCACGCGGACUGUCUCUGGGAGUGCUGAGUCGAAUAUCCUCUCUGGCGUCUCACCGUUAGAAACCGGCUGCUUUAGUUCACCUGAAGCGGAGACCACACAUUCCACUUCGAGUUGGGACGCUCUCACUUACUCCAAGGGGCGACCGUAACAUCGGGUUUUGGGGCGGACACUUACGGAGACCAAGAACUGCGUUACUGAAAUCUCACACUAGUGAAAAACCAAGACCCACGAUGGACCCGAGAGACACUGCCCCUGAUUCAUGGGAUCAAGAGGACGAUGUGGAGGCCACGAUCGACGGACAACUUGAUUCAGCAUUAACGUCCCUUAAUGUGAACGCGAGACCGUUUGUGCCCAAUGUGAACGCAGCCGAAUUUGUUCCGACUUUUGUCGUGAAAGCAAAUUCGGAAAAUCUCGAUUCUGUCGUUGCUGUUGAAAAGAUAUCCACCAUGGAGGUGUCCGAAAAGGCCGCACGGGCAGCAAAUACAGAUGAACAGCACCAAGUCUGCAGCAUGGCCGGAGACCGGGACCCUUCAUCUGCAGCUCCAGUGGAAAACGGCGACUCGGAGAUGACCACAGAGGAGCCGUGGGACCAGAAAGAGGCCGAGCCAAAUGAGGAGGAGCCAGGAGGCGGGUCUUGUGAGGACCGGGGACCAUCGGUGGCAGAAACUACGGAGGAGACGGCUCCGGAGAUGAUUGAGGAGGAAGAGGAAACGCCAGCGCCCAAGGUUCCACCUACACAGCCAGAUGCCCCCAAGAAGGAACACAUCAAUGUCGUGUUCAUCGGUCACGUAGAUGCUGGCAAGUCGACCAUAGGCGGACAGAUCAUGUAUCUAACGGGCAUGGUAGACAAGAGAACCUUAGAGAAGUACGAGAGAGAAGCCAAGGAAAAGAACCGGGAAACCUGGUAUCUGUCUUGGGCUUUAGACACCAACCAAGAGGAGAGGGACAAAGGCAAGACAGUUGAAGUGGGCCGGGCAUACUUUGAGACAGACAAAAAGCACUUUACCAUCUUAGACGCUCCAGGCCACAAAAGCUUUGUGCCCAACAUGAUCGGAGGUGCAUCGCAGGCUGACUUGGCUGUUCUGGUGAUCUCUGCCAGGAAAGGGGAGUUUGAAACUGGUUUUGAAAAGGGUGGACAGACGCGAGAGCACGCCAUGUUGGCCAAAACAGCUGGCGUCAAGCACCUGAUAGUUCUGGUGAAUAAAAUGGACGACCCGACAGUCAACUGGAGCCUGGAGAGGUACGAGGAGUGUAAGGAGAAACUAGUGCCAUUUUUGAAGAAGGUGGGCUUCAACCCGAAGAAAGACAUUCACUUCAUGCCAUGCUCCGGACUGACAGGAGCCAACCUGAAGGAGCCCACUGACAUGUGCCCCUGGUACACAGGGUUACCAUUCAUUCCACACUUGGACAGUCUGCCAACUUUCAGCAGAUCAAGUGACGGGCCCAUCAGAUUGCCCAUCGUAGACAAAUACAAGGACAUGGGCACCGUGAUUCUGGGCAAACUGGAGUCGGGCUGCAUCAGUAAAGCACAGCAGCUGGUCAUGAUGCCAAACAGGCAUGUGGUGGAGGUGUUGAGUCUCCUGUCAGAUGAUGUGGAGACAGACGACGCUUCACCGGGUGAAAACCUCAAGCUGCGACUCAAGGGCAUUGAGGAGGAGGAGAUCCUGCCGGGCUUCAUCCUGUGUAAUGCCGAGAAUCUCUGCCACUCGGGGCGCACGUUCGACGCCCAGAUCGUCAUCAUCGAACACAAAUCCAUCAUCUGUCCAGGUUACAACGCAGUCCUUCACAUUCACACCUGCAUUGAAGAAGUGCAAAUUACAGCCUUAAUCUGUCUGGUAGACAAGAAGACCGGAGACAAGAGUAAGACACGACCACGAUUUGUCAAACAGGACCAGGUCUGCAUCGCCCGUCUGCGCACGGCAGGAACCAUUUGCCUCGAGACCUUUAAAGACUUUCCUCAGAUGGGACGGUUCACCUUACGGGACGAAGGAAAGACCAUCGCCAUCGGUAAGGUGCUGAAGCUGGUAGCUGAGCGGGACUGAAGAGGACGGAGCUGCCUGAGAGUCCUAGUGAGAAGGAACGGGCGGAGCUCGGUCAUAACACGCCCACACAGUUGUCAGCGGCGACGGCACCUCCCUGUCACGCCCCCUUCUGCGUGCCGAAGAACAGCUUCAGAAAAAAACUCAUGUGAAAAAGAACCCGUUUUUAAGCAAAUGACACCAAGAUGAAGUCCACACGAGUCAGCUUUCUCAUAUUGAGAGCUCAGCUAUGCCAUUUCUGGGUUAGCCCACCUCCACCACCUCCCUACUCUGGUCUACUCAGCAUUACAUGAGGUUUAUUUUUUUUCCACUAUUUUUCUUGCUUUCACAAAUGACAAUGACAAAUGGCAGAAGUUAUAUCUGUAAACAGAUGUGGACCAGGAUUCUGCUUGGAAUAUAAAAGAUGAUUUUCAGACAUGAAUUGCAAAAUAAAUGGUUGAAAGAACUUAACCAGUUGAAACCAAAAUGUUUAUCUUGGGUGUACAUGUCUCCCUUUGCUUUUACCCAGUUUUUGGUUUCUCGUGGCGUUCUGGCAGUGUGCUUGAGCGUGUUCAAAUGUUAUUAAAGCAAACAACUAUGACAAUAAAAUUAUAAAUUGGGAAAACAAAGUGUGUUCCUUUUCAGAGCACAGUCCAGG